CGUUUUCGUGGCUUUCUUCAGACACGACAGGCAGGUCGAGUGGUCCGUCAGAAAUCUGCCCGUAGCGCUCCGCCCCGGCCCUGCCCCGCCGUCGCCGUCACGCCGCCGCCGUCCCACCACCGCUCACUCCCGAGACUCGGACGGUCUUCCAUCCGCGCUCAAAGCCUUCCGAAGCGACGCCGUCGCGUCCCAAGGAGGAGCUCCACUUCGUGGCGGCGCUCCUGGUGCUGGUGGAUCUCUCGGUCGGAGCCACGAGCAUGGCGCUCGGCGCCCGCCUCCCCCUGGGCCUCGCGCUGCUCGCGGCCCUCAUCGCCGUCCUCCUCCAGCUCUACCGCCUCAGGAAGCCGAGGUUGUGGACGCUGGAGGAGUUGUCGAUAUACAACGGAACAGAUGAAGGGUUGCCCAUAUUGCUUGGUAUUUUGGGCUCGGUGUUUGAUGUCACAAAAGGAAGGUCACAUUAUGGCCCUGGAGGAGGCUAUCACCACUUUUCGGGCAGGGACGCAUCACGAGCUUUUGUUUCUGGAAAUUUUACAGGUGAUGGGCUGACAGAUUCUUUGCAGGGUUUAUCUAGCAUGGAGGUAAAUAGCAUUGUUGACUGGAGGAAAUUUUACGUUGAGAGAUACAUAUUUGCUGGUAAAAUUGUUGGACGCUACUACGACAGCGAGGGCAAUCCUACAAAAUAUUUGAAGGGUGUGGAGAUGAAGGCAAAAAGAGGUGCUCAGCUUCUUGAGAAGCAGAAGAGGGAGGAAGAUAAAAUACCCAGCUGUAAUUCAAAAUGGAGUGAGGCAGAGGGUGGAGAAGUUUGGUGCGAGACAGGGUACCCGAGGUUAGUGAGGAGGCCGGGCGACAUAGCUCUGACGGGGCAGGUGAGCCAGCGGUGCGCCUGUUUCCAGGAGCGGGAGCUCGGGCGGCCGGGGCUAGUGGUGUACCAAGGCUGUGAUUACCACUCCACAUCGUGCAUAGUCAAGUAGUAGUAGGAGUAGAAUCUACGCUUCUCUUUCUCCAUGCAUGCAGUUUUUUUUGUUUUUUUUUGCAUCUGGCUUUUUUUUUACUCAUUGCAAGACCAGUAAUUCUACGGUAGAGCACAGUAAGCAGAUCCAAAGGCACCAGCCACACACCAUGAUGAUGA